AUGGCGCUCGGCCGCCGCUACGCCGACGGCCUCGGCGUCGCGAAGAGUUGUGACAGCGCCGUCGCACAUUACCGUGAGGCCGCCGACGCGGUCGCCAUGACGUACGACGGUGUGCCGAACCCCACGAGCCGUAUCGUGGGGCGGGCGCAGGGCGGCAGGCGUGGCGAUACGACAGGCCUCCGUUCGCGUGACGACGAGAAGAUGAUGCAGGUGCUCAUGUACCGCGCCGACAAUGGCGGCGUCGACGCGAUACUCGCGCUUGGCCACAUCUAUUUCAAGGGACAGUACGGUGUGCCGCGUGACUGGCAGCGGGCACGGCGUUACUUCCUUGAGGCGCUCGCGAAGGGUGAGGUGGCGGCGUACGGCGCACUCGGACAGCUGUACGCCACCGGUGACAGUACCGCGCAGCCGGCGAUUCCACGCGACUUUAACACCGCCGCAUCGUACUUCGAGGAGGGCGUGGCGCGGAAUGACGCCGUCUCCCUCAACGGCAUGGGAUACCUGCACGCCAUCGGCUAUUACAGUGGAGGGCGACCUUCGCCGAAGGAGGCAGCAUCAGCAUCGACAGCAACAGAAUCAGCAGAAACGGCUGAUGCAAAGCCACCACAGUCGGAUUUCGAGUCGGCAGCCCAGUAUUUCACCGAGAGUGCCGAGCGUGGCAGUGCGGAGGGGCUGUACAACCUCGGCGUGCUGCUUCUGCACGGCCGCGGGGUGCCACAGGACCCACUGGCGGCGAUCAAGCAGUUUGAGGCGGCUGCGCAGCGUGGCAGCGUCCUUUCCUUCUGGCAGCUUGCACGUCACGAGUACAUGAAGGGCAACUGUGCGCGGGCAGUGCUGCUGUAUGCCCACGUGGCGUCCUUCGCGUCGGUCUUUGACCGCAGCACCGAGACACCGUAUUUCCCAUUGGGCGAAGAGUCGCCGUCGCCACUCACGCCGCGCGCUGACACCACCCUAGUGCGCUUUCUCGAGGCUCUCGCGCUGGCUGAGACGGGCCACGCAGCAUCAAGACAGGACGCGGCGCUGAUGCUGGAUAGUUUGCCGCUUGUUGAAGAGGUGGAGGAGGAACUGCACGACGGCAUUUUCGUGCGAAGCGGGAAGCCACCGGACCGUGCGAUGCAGAUGAACAGCGGCGCUGUGUGGUUGCAGUGGUACCACACACCCCCCUCCUCCUAUUCAACACCAGCUGACUCAGCUGAUGCAGGGGUAGUAGCAGCAAAACCUGCGCUUCUAUCACAAAGCGAAGCGCUUAAAAUGCUGCGGCUGCGUCUCUUAGGCCUCUGGGCACUCACCGGCGACGCGGAUGCGGACCUGCGGCUUGGUGACUUCUAUUACUACGGUGAGAGUCGCCUCAUCGGUGUCAGCAUGUCGCGUGCCUUCCUGCACUAUGAGGCUGCGGCUCGGAAACACAACCCCAAGGCGUUGUUCAACAUGGGGUUGAUGUACCAGCUGGGUCUCGGCGUCGGCACCGGCGGCGCCACCAGCGUGGGCGACGCCAUCCACCGCAUCCUCACCAAUACACCGCUGGACCGUGACGAUGGGGCAAGCACGCAAGCCGUAUCAACAUCAGCAGCAGAAGCAGCGGUGAAUUGCACCGAGUCGGAGGAGAUGCGGCUGUACUUAGCGAAGCGCUACUACGACCGUGUGGUAGAGGUGGACCCGGUGGGGGCCGUCUACGCGGUGAGGCUGGCUCUGAUAUCACUCAACUUCCAGUGGUGGUGGAUGUACUUCUCGCGACAGCGGUACGGCCUUAGCACGCUGCUGCAGCUGCCGAUGCCCGGCGCGCGCAUGGAUUUUGACGACGCUGAUGAACGUAUCGCCGACGGGGCGUCGGGUUCCUCAUCUGAGUUGGGGCAGGGCCAACAAGGCCAAGGCCAAGAACAACAACAACAACAUCAUCAUCAGCAGCAGCAGCAGCAGCAGCAGCCACCAACGAUGCUUGGAAAUCCUGCUGUUGAGACGCAGGAUGAGUGGCUGUGGGAAGAUUGUGCUCUGGCGAUCAGCGCGGCACUCUCGUUCGUGCUGCUGCUCAUCCGCCACCACGGCGCGUGA